AUGUUGUCAAUUGGUGAUCUUUCCCUCAGAGUCGUGAACUUUGCCUUCUUGGUUAUCAUCCUCGGUUUGACCGGUUCUUUGGCCGCAACUGCCGACAAUAGCAACCCCCAGGUCAACUUCGCUGUUUUUGCCGCUGCCUUUGGUUUACUGUUUUCCUCGUUCUACGGUAUUCUCGCCAAUUUUAUCUCGGUCUUCGCCUGGCCAAUUCUUUUGGCUCUGUUUGACUUCUUGAACUUUGUGUUCACCUUCUCGGGUGCCACUGCCUUGGCCGUUGCCAUCAGAAGCCACUCCUGCCACAACCAGAGCUACUUGGACGGCAACAAGGUUACUCAGGGAUCCACUGACAGAUGUCGCAAGGCCCAGGCCUCUGUCGCCUUCUUGUACUUCUCUUUCUUCAUCUUCUUGGUGUCGCUGGUUUUCUCCGGUCUCUCCAUCUUGAAGAACGGUUUCCUUGGAACUAGAGCCACUUCUUCUGCCCCAAGAACCGGUGUGCCAACUGUCUCCCAGGUCUAA